AUGGCGACCCUCGCCGCGGGGAUAGUUGAUCCCACAAAAGCCGGCAAAUACCCUGUUGUUUUGAGCGAUGCCUUACUCGGCAAAGACUCCAAGGAAGUUUUCACAGGCGUAAGAUAUAAUCAUAAGCCGUCAUUAUCCUCAUCCACUGCGCCAGCCCAGGCACGAAUAAAACCUGCUUCCACAUCCUCCUCCAAGAAAGGCCCUUCCACAUACGACCUCUCCUUCCAAGAUGACGGCGGCCAUUACCAAUACAAAGGGACACGCGGGGUUGAAGAUAGCCAGUAUGUGCUGAUCUUCGACCCCACCCGCGAAGUUUUCGUUCUGCACAAAGUAGAUUCUAUGUUCAACAUGAACUUGGUUAAAACACCAAACGACAACGCCGAGACCUUGCGACAAGAUUUGCCCCAGCUAAACGCUCAUAGUGCUUCCAGCAGCGCCAAGGCCGCAGGGCCGGCGAAACAACCUGCGAAGGGGAAGAAAGAAGAAAAGAAGACGGCAGCUAAGCCGCGGAAACCUGCAUCGAAACCAAAAGCGGAAGCCAAGCCAGUCCUGGCAAUGCCCGAGAAGAAAUCGCCUCCGAAGCCCGCACCCGCUAGUAAGCCGCGUCGCGCCUCGGACGAUUCGGAGGAAGAGAGCUCCGAUGACGACCUGGGCCUUACCAUAGAAAAUCCAGGUGGCGAAGCGCCGAGGGUUAGCCGAGAUUUCUCCCCCAACCUCUUUGGAAUUCGCCGUUUCUCCGAUUUGAUGAAUGAUGACGAGGAGGAGGAGAGGAAUAACGAGGAGCACCAUGAUGCCGACGGCGAGGAUGACGAUGAUGAGCCUAUGGAUAACUUUGUCCUACCUAGCCCGAUAAAUCGGCAGAUGGAACAAACUAACAAUGCUCAUCAACCUCGGACUAACGAGGAAGAUGAAGAUGAAGAUGAAGAUGAGGAGAUGGAGGAUGUGCCGCAAGAACAGCCGCCUGAUGAGGAGCCCGCCCUGGACGAGUCGGAUCUUGAGGCUGCAUUGUUAGCCGAACUGGGCGAAGGAGAUCAGCAAGAAAGCGACGUGAGCGAGGAGGAGUAG